CUGUCAGCAUGACUCAACAGAUGCAGAACCUGCAGCUGUCCCAUACCAGGAAGUGCUCAGGAGGCCCUGCCUCCCCCAGCGCCGCCAAGCGCCUCUACAGGAACCUAUCAGAGAAGCUGAAAGGAGGCCACUCCUCCUUCGAGGACGCCUACUUCUUUGGCCGCGGAGAACGCCACGGUCAUCACAAGGGCUCGAACAUGCAGGGUAGUGAGUGUCUGUUUGAGGCAGUGGAGCAGCAGGAUGUUGAUGCCGUCCAGAUCCUUCUCUACCAGUACACAGCUGAGGAGCUGGACCUCAACACGCCCAACAGCCAAGGGUUAACACCUCUAGACGUGGCAAUCAUGACCAACAACACCCCUAUAGCCAAACUACUGCUGAAGGCCGGCGGCAAGGAGAGCCCUCACUUUGUCAGUGUGGAGAGUCGCGAGGCCCACCUUGGCAGCCUGGUCAUCGAGGCAGAGAGGAGGGCAGGGGAGCUGGCUGCCCAGGCCCAGAGAGACGGCCUUAGUCUGGAGGCCUGUGACAAGGACAAGCAGCUCCGAGCCUGGGAGUGGAGGUGCAAGCUCUACAAACGCAUGACAACUGGCUUCCAGCAUGCACGUGUGCCAGAGCCCCCGUCUGCAGUGCGUCUCAGUGUAACCAGUAGUUCCUCUCUCACGGUCACAUUCCAGGAGCCCCGCUGCCUCAACUCUGCUGUGGUCACCAAGCACAGAGUGGAGUGGAGCUGUCUAAAGGACUUUUCCAUGCUGGCUGGAGAAAUGGUGUUGGAAAACCUACAGACACUCAAGUGUACCAUCAACGGCCUUACCAUGGGGAAGCUGUACUAUGUCCAAGUGUCAGCCUACAACAUGAAGGGUUGGGGUCCACCUCAGUCAACUCUACCCCCCUCCGCUUCCCCCUCCAACUGGAGGGAGAGUGAUGGUCUGGAGCCCCUCCCACUAGACUGUAGGGAGAGUGAUGGUCUGGAGACCCUACCACUAGACUGUAGGGAGAGUGAUGGUCUGGAGCCCAGGAGAAGAGAGCACAUAGGGCAUAUGGAACACCUGCUGCACCAGGUCCGCGCUACUCACACACACUACAGCUGCGGAGACACAUCAAAGCUCCAGAACCCAAGCCGUAAGCAGUCCGUCUCCAGAAGUCUCAAGCACCUCUUUAACUCCUCCAACAAGUUUGUCAAGACUCUCAAAAGGGGGGUUUACCUGGCGGCAGUGUUGUACCACAAAGACAGUCUACUGGUGACCACAGAGGACCAGAUCCCUAUAGUGGAGGUGGAUGACUCUUACGGCAGCUCUCUCAUGCAGGACUUCCUAUGGUUCACUAAGUUGUCGUGUAUGUGGGAGGAUGUGCGGUGGCUGAGACAGAGUAUGUCUGUCUCCAUGUCCUCCUCCUCCACUCUACAGGCCAGACAGAAGAUGUUGGCUGCCGCUGGGCAACUACAGAGCUUGUUGGGGACACACAACCUGGGGCGUGUCCACUACGAACCCAUCAAGGAUCGUCAUGGCAAUGUGUUGCUAGUGACGAUCCGGGACAUGGAGAGCCAGUACUCAUUCUUCAGUGGGAAGUGGAUGCAGGUGUCCAAGCUACAAAGCCAGAGGAAGAGUCUGUCCACACCUGAAGAACCCUACGCACUAGACAUACUGCUAAUUACCAUACAGGACAUCUCGGCCUAUCAGAGGCGUAGCCAGCAUCGCCUGACCCCAGGUCUGUACCUGGGUUACCUGAAGCUCAGCAGCUCUGUAGACCAGAUCAGAGUGCUGGUGCAACAGAGGAUGCCCAACAUGCUGUGCCAUGCGCGGGUACGAGACAACGCCAAUGUCUCCAGGGAGGAGUGGGACUGGCUGCAGAGGCUGUCAAACAUAGAGGAUGGAGAGAAGGAGAGAACAGAGGGAGAGAGGGAGGGAGUGGAUCAAACGACAGACAGUAACACACCAUUGCUCUACUACGAGCUACAGACUGCCCUCAAGGCUCUGCUGAAACUCAUCAACCUACCUCUGCACCAGGCCAAGCACUUCCGUAUCUACACUCAUGAGGUGUUGGAGCUGGGUCAUAAUGUUUCCUUUCUGCUGCUGCUGCCGGCAGCUGACGAUGUGUGUACCGCUCCCGGACAGAGCAACCCCUACACACCACACUCCGGCUUCCUCAACCUCCCUCUUCAAAUGUUUGAGCUGGCCCAUUUCAGUGCAUACAAGGAGAAGUGCAUGAGUCUGUACUGCCGCAUGUCGUCUGUCUUGGACCUGGAUGCACUUAUUACCCAGCAGGCACUGCGAGAGGCCAUCACGGACACAGAGGUCGCCACUGCCAAACAGAGACACCAACAUAUACUAGACUAUACACAGCAGCUGGAUGAGAUGUGGCAGGAGCUGCGUUGGAUCACUGAAGCCCUGCAGUAUGCCCGCUACAAGCAUCCCAGUGGCGGUGUGCCCAUCACCAGCCUGGUCAAUGCCAGCAAGCCUGAGUCAGACCAAGGGGCACAGAAGAGUGACUCAGCAUCCUCUACCAUGGACUACCUACCCACACCGUCACCCUCACCUGAGCUACGACCCAGGAAGGCUGCUAGUGACUCCCAACUGGGGUCAGAUGAGGACGGUUGUUCAGAGGUGUUCCUGCCAACAGACAGCGACUAUGACUCCAGCGAGGCCUUGUCCCCCCGUGAGCUGGACCUGCUCUACUCUUCCCAACAGGACCUAUCCCAGCAGGCUGUGCACGCCCUGGGAGGCAGUGCUCCCGACGUACUGCAGAUACACGAACUAAGGUACAGCAUCUGCCAGCCCAAAGACCUCCCUCUCUCCCCUGCCUUCCCCCUCUCCCCAGGCCCACUCCUCUCCCCCGCCUUCCCCCUAUCCUCAGCCCCACCCCUCUCCCCUGCCCUCAUUCUCCCCGAGACCACCCUUUCUUGCACCAAAAUCCUGGAGGGUCUCUCUCUCUCCAAGACAACCCAGGACCAGCACUCCUCCACCCCCCUGCGGCCCCUAGCCAACCCCCCAACCAAGCGGAAGCUGCUGUCCAGGAGCCAUGGGGCCGCUGGGGCCCAGCAGGGCUACUUCAGUGGGCCCCAGCACUGGUUGAAGGGCCACAGCGACAGCCACACUGGGUCCCUGUCUGAGGGGGUCUAUACCAGGCAGAGGGACCCAGACCUGCCCCUGGAUCUCCCAUCCCCUCAGCGGGAGACAUAUGUUAGUCAUGCUUCCUGUGUCCUGGAGGGCAGUGGGGCGGGGCAGAGGGAGCCCAGGCCCCAUGUCAGGAGGAUCUUUGUGGAACCGUGUAAGGAAACAUCGCCUGAGAACAGGGGCUGGGGAGAGGAGGAGAGAGGGAUGGAGGGACGGGAGGAGAGAGGGGCAGGGUUGAUGGUGGUUGUCACAGAGGAGGGGUCAGGAGAGGAGGCAUAUGAAGGAGCAACAGCCCAGGAUGUGGACUCAGACGAACAAACGAACACACAGGUGUCAGAGAUCCUCAGUAGCACACUCUAGGAUUGGAUGAUAAUCACUAACACGCUCUAGGAUUGGAUGAUAAUCAGUAACACGCUCUAGGAUUGGAUGAUAAUCAGUAACACGCUCUAGGAUUGGAUGAUAAUCAGUAACAUGCUCUAGGGAUUGGAUGAUGGUUUAGCAUGGUGCUCCAGGGUCUGGUUGCACCAGUUGGGCAUAACAAAAGUAAUGCACGUUCAUGAGAUUUAAUGCUUCAAAAUGAUGGUUCCUAGGCAGCACCUGUUCGUAGGCUGUUCCCAUCCUCGUGGUGGUUCUAAACUUACCAUCACUUCGCAAAGCCCACCACUAUGCAUGUUUUCUUAACCAGAACUGGUUGGAUCCAUAAAGAAUCACUGUGGGAAUAGAUAUCACACAUUUAGCAUGUUAUAAUGUAGCAUAAAUCAAGUGUAUUAUUUUGCUAUUUGCUCGCGCUAAGGCAACUCCAAAAGCCUGCGCAGGUUGUAAAAUAUGAAUACGAGACUCAUAUCCUUUUGAAAAUAUAGAUCCCUAUCAUGAUGACGAGAGUCCCAAUUUAACCCUACGCCUGCUCCCUACUAGAUGUAGAGUCUAUGCCCAGUCAUAGCUCAUAGAAGGGCUUACGACCAGGUGGUGCAACAGGUAUCAUUUGUAGGUCCGGCGUAGAGUGCGUUUUACGUCGGACAUAGAGUAACGAUCCACUUACAACCCGGUGUAACCGGCCCCAGGAUUGGACGAUGCUCAGGUAAAAAGUCUAGCAUUGGCCCAUGUUCAGUAACACAGUCUAGCAUUUGACAGUGGUUCAGUAACGACCUCCAGGAUUGAACGACUGCUCAGCAACAUGUUCUUGGAGUGGACGAUACUCAGUAACAAGCUUUUGAACGAUUGGACAAUAGAUAAUUGAUGACAUUUGGAUGGAGCACUAUCAUUUUGGAACGUUACAUACAGUACGUAUCCCUCCACGUUGUAUCCAAACUGCCACCAAUGCACCUUUCCCUGUCUGUUUCUGCCUCUGUGUGUGUUUGUGUGGGCCUCGUUCCUUCUUUCAUCGCUUUCUCUCUGUCCUUCAUAUCCCUGUGGACAGGCAUGCUGAACUGACUCUGAGCUCGUGGACGUGUGUAGCUCACAGAUGGGACAACCCUUGCUCUCUCUGUACAAUGUACUAGAGACUCAAGUUGCUGGCCAACUGUCUGAACUGUAGAACUCAGAACCAAGCCAAGGCUCCAACUGUUAUGACCUAUAACCAAUGCAACAUGAACUAAAGCACUGCUUUACCUUUGCACUUGAAUCUGUGUUGAUGGCCGCAAGAGCUUGGAGUUGCUAUUUCAAUUGAUGGGUAUUCGUGGUACAUUUGUCGAUUUACAUAUUAGAUACAAGCCUUGUGUUUCUCUACACAGCAAAUUGGCCAGUGUUAACUAGUGUUGCUUUUUCAGUGUAGUGUUUCUAGUGUUGAUUCAGGAGUUAAAUUAGCACUGUAAAUAUUUAAAGAACCACAGUGUUGGGGUUAAUAAAGAGAGUUGAACCAAAACCAUUGCCAUCAUUAUCAUAUUUCCCAGCAUGCUCUAUUGCAGGUUGAAUUUUAGAAUUGUUUGUUUAAAUAUCAAUGUUUUUUGCAUGCACAUUGAUUAAUUGAUGUUAUUCUACUUAGUGCUCAGUGCAGUCAAAAAUGUGAUUUUCCAGUAUUUUAUAUAUAUUUCCACACUAUGAGGUUGGAAUAAUACUGUGAAAUUGUGAAAAUAAUGAUAAUGCCCUUUUAGUGUAAGAGCUGUUUGAAAAGACUGCCUAAAAUUUCAGCCUGUUUUAGUGGGAUGGGGUUUUGGCCUGCCUGGUGACAUCACCAGUAAAUUAGUUAAUAGACCAAUAAGAGAGUUCCAAACUACCUUGUCAAUAAUGGCUAGUUUUCAGCUUUCCCCUCUCCAGUCAGACCUGUCCCAGACAGUCCUAGCUAAAGUCUUGCUUGAGAAAUUGCUCUUUGCUAAGAAGCUAUUUUUGUUUUCUUUUUGACCAUUUUAAUUGAAAACAAAUCACAGUAAGGUAUUUAAUUGUUACCCAUAAAUUAUUUGAUAUUGAGAAAAACAGCUGCAUUGGACCUUAAAAUAGAAAUAACAUAAAUUUGUCUGAAAUAAUCUAAUCUGUUACUUGGAUUUAAUGCACCCUUUACUGAAAUGGUCGUUCCAGUUUAGAUGGGUUAGGUAGUCUCACAUUUUAGUAUUCCCAACCCUGGAAGUCGGGUGAAAAAAUGUAAACAAAAUUGGAUAUCCCUGUGGCUGGAUUCCAAUAGGAAUUACACAUCACUUUGUAAGCCGGCAUAAUGUGACUUGCAGGCCUGAUAUGGAGUUUCAGGCCACUGUAUGAGGGGAAAACUAGGCCCUCAAAGUAAGGCCUUAUGAAAUAUUUAUUUUAUUGUUUUAUAUAAUUACAUUUUAAUGAUAACAUUAUCUUAGGAUCUCACCUGGUGAAGACCACAGGACUGAAAAUGAAUGAUUGCAACAACCAUGUCUCUGUCACUAACAAAUACAGUCAUGAGUGGUAACUCUACAAUUCAAUGGAAAGGCAAGGCACACUGGGAAAUAUGCAAAUAAGGCUUUACACUACGCAAAGCGUUAAUUUAACUCUGAAAAGUGUUGACCCGUACACUUGAGAAUUUGCUGUGUAGGAGGCUCAGCAUGGAUUAUAGGCACCCGCAGUGAAUGUACUGUUAUGGUUUAAAAGUUGGUUUUCUGUGGUAAUUAAUAAUGUGUCAUUACCAUCAUGCUAAGCUGGUUCUUUUGUGGUUCUGUUACAACAAAAUGUCAACCGGAGUAUCAUUUAGAAUAACAGUGACAUUCUUCAUACACUAAAACAGUCACUUUCCACAUCUUUCUCAGACUAACAACAUUAUCUGAAGACCAGCAUUUAAUAUCAAAUCAAAUUGGAUUUUGUCACAUGCUUCGUAAACAACAGAUGUAGACUAACAGUGAAAUGCUUACUUACGGGCCCUAACUUGGUUAUAUACAUGGGGUACCAGUACCGAGGUAAUUUGGGUAGAUAUGUACAUAUACAGUGCAUUCAGAAAGUAUUCAGA